AUGGAAAAUAACGAUACGACUCCAUCCAAUGCCAAUUGUACUAGGGGCGAUGGUGGUGUAGAGCGUGCCAUGACUUGGGAGGAGUACAGAAAGAAAUAUGUGGAAGAGCAGCGGCGUAGGUUUCGGUUGCAUCAACAGGGCAUCAACAGAAAUGAUGGAGAAGGCGGGGCUAUUAGCGAAACAAAUGCAAGUGCUCAAGCCUCUUCACUACCUUUACAACAGCCGACUCCUCAGCCAAAUGCUCCGGAACAACAGCAACAGCAGCGGGAGGAGGAGGAGGAGGGGGCGGGACAGCCAGUGCCACAACUGGUCAGAGCGGCACUGCGCCGAGGAUUGACCCACUUUUUGAACGAAGAAACGGUAAUUCAGGGCCUCCGAGUUGUGGGACGGGCGGCGCUGGCGAGCGUACUUGUCUUUCGCUCUUUCAGUGUCUAUAACGUUUUUGUGAUGCUCGGGAUUUACAUGGGAUGGUGCUUGCUAAAAUUCAUGUUUUCCUCUGUGCGUGUGGAAGGGUCGAGUGAAAGGAAGAGAAAUCAGGGAAGGGAAUCCGUUCAACCGGAGGGAAUCAAUCCUGAAGGGACGGAGCCUCAAGCUGCACAAGCGGUUCAGCGUGUGACACCAGUUCGUAAGCUCCUUUAUGUGAUAACUCGCUGCGCCACCUCCUUUGUUCUAAGCAUAUCUCCAACAUAUUCGGUGGAGCAGUUGGAGGCAGAGUUGGUUGCAGAUGGCAUAGUGGAUCCUCAUCUACAUGUGGACUAA